CUGGAUUACACUGGGAUGCACAGGGAGCCCUCCUGGCUGGAGGAAGAGACAAAGCGGCUGCUGGAGCCGGCAGCCAGCCCACCCAACAAGGUGCUGAAUGGAGCGGAGCAGAGCUACCACAACCUGCCGUCGGCACGCACCGAUGAGCAGGCCAUGCUGUCCUCCAUCCUCGCCAAAACAGCCAUCAAUAUCAUCGACGUGUCGGCAGCAGAUUCCCAGGGCAUGGAGCAGCAUGAGUACAUGGACAGAGCCAGGCAGUACAGCACGCGCCUGGCCAUGCUCAGUAACAACCUGACGCACUGGAAGAAGCUCCCGCUGCUGCCGUCUCUGACUAACCAGCCGCACCAAGUGCUCGCCAGCGACCCUGUCCCCUUUGCAGACCUGCAGCAGGUGUCCCGGAUAGCUGCCUACGCCUUCAGUGCGCUCUCACAGAUCCGUGUCGACGCCAAAGAAGAACUGGUUGUACAGUUUGGCAUCCCCUGAACCUGUCCCCACCACCGCUGCUUCACCGCUUUGGGUUGUUUUUGGUUUUUUCCCCAUUUUUUUUCUCUUUAUAUCCCUUCCCUCCCCAUGCUGCUGCCACAGAACUUGGACAGAUACCCUGUUUCCUACUAAAUGCCAAGGCGCCCAUCAUUGGCACGUCGAGCCCACCUGCAUUGCUUGAGGCUUUCUCCUCCUCGUGGGUGUGUGGGUGGGCGGGUGUGCGUGGGGAGGAGGCUGUGUCAGCUGGACGCUGCCUUGCACAGGGACGAGCACAAAGGGAACAGCCGGUGCCAGGAGGCCCUGGUGUGGGUCAGCACCGUGUGCCAGGUCACCAGGACGGGUGGGCUGGAGCCAGGCGGAUGUGAGGCUCUGCGUGGGGCCUGGUGGCUCCAACACCAUCUCUUCUCCUUUUUACAUGUUUAGACCUUUAUUUCGGUUGGUUUUUUUUUUUUUUUUUUUUU